AUGGCAAAGGGGAAUUACACUGUUGUGACCAAGUUCUUCCUUAUUGCAUUCACUGAACAUCCCGAGUGGGGGCUUCCUCUCUUCCUGGUGUUUCUGAGUUUCUAUCUGGUCACUCUGCUAGGGAACGCAGGGAUGAUCAUGCUGAUCCACAAAGAUCGCCAGCUCCACACCCCGAUGUACUUCUUCCUCAGCCACCUAUCCUUUGCGGACAUCUGCUACUCCUCUGUCAUCGUCCCUCAGAUGCUGGCUGUGCUUUUGGAACAUGGCACAGUCAUCUCUCAAGCUCGCUGUGCAGCUCAGUUCUUCCUUUUCACCUUCUUUGCCUCCAUUGACUGCUACCUCCUGGCCAUCAUGGCUUACGACCGCUAUGUGGCCGUGUGCCAACCCCUGCUUUAUGUCACCAUCAUGACUGAGAAGGUCCGCUUGGGCUUAAUGGCAGCGGCUUAUGUUGCUGGUUUUUCCAGCGCUUUUGUUAGAACAGUCACAGCGUUCACUCUCUCCUUUUGUGGAAACAAUGAGAUCAACUUCAUUUUCUGUGAUCUCCCACCACUGUUGAAGCUCACUUGUGGGGAAAGCUACACUCAGGAAGUGGUGAUCAUUGUUUUUGCCAUUUUUGUCAUGCCUGCUUGCAUCUUGGUGAUCUUGGUGACCUACCUGUUUAUUAUCAGGGCCAUCAUGCGGAUCCGCUCCGCUGGGGGCCGGGCCAAGACCUUCUCUACCUGUGCCUCCCACCUCACCGCGGUGGCUCUCUUCUUUGGCACACUCAUCUUCAUGUACUUGCGGGAUAACUCGGGCCAGUCCUCAGAGGAAGACCGUGUGGUGUCAGUGCUGUACACGGUGGUCACUCCGUUGCUGAACCCCCUCAUCUAUAGCCUGAGGAACAAGGAGGUAAAAGAAGCUGUUACGAAAGCCCUGAGCAGGUCAAAGGCUUCUAGGAGGCCCUAG